AUGAAACCUAUAUAUUCGAUAGGAUUGGCAUCCAUAGCGGCAGCCGCUAGUGUGAUGAGCAAAGAAAAUUAUGAUACAGCUAAUGGAUUGGAGAAAAUAGAGGUACGGGCUGAUCACAUGGAACAUAUGGAACAUAUGGGCCAUGUAGAACACACGAAAAGCAAGAGCGAAUGGACAGAGACGACUCAAAGCAGCACUGGGGAGGUUGUGGCAACACCUCACGUAGAGCAUCAUCAUCACGGGAUGCCAAUUUUGCAGACAGAGCUUUUGCCGGAGGAGAGAAAAUUUUGGGAAAACUACAAUACCACGACGUAUUUCACGGUGGAAUCGGAACAUAGGGCGGCGUUGUACUGGCACAUUGGCUUGACACUCAUGUCUUUUGUAUUUUUGUACCCAAUUUGUCUUGUGUUGAAUAAUGUGGGAUCGAAUUGGUACUACGCUUUAUUAUUUGUGCACUCGACAUCGGUAUUGGUUGGGUUGAUCAGCUUAUCGGUGUUUGUGAAGUCAAUUCCGGACUUGUACCCUAAUAAUGCCUAUAAUAAGAUGAGUGUGAUUUUGGGGAUUUCCACCAUCGUGCAUGUCAUAUUUGCAGUCUUCAACUUUGGAUACAAGGCAGCAACUAGUAAAGAUGCUGUUUCCGCUGAUUACUUCACUGUGUCCGAUGAAGAGAGCCAAGAGUCAUGUACAUCGCCUUCGGCCACUUUAUACGAUACUCCGAGAGAUAAUUCCAAUUCGAUCGAAAGAAAUGAUUCGAUGGACUUUAACUUGAAGACGUCUCUCGAUUCAAUGUUUCCGGCUAAAAAAGGUGGCAGCAGAUUAUUGAAGAAGGUAACUCGCAUGCCUGUGGUUAGUACUAUGGUUAACUUUUUUGGCAAAUUUUCCGUGUAUAUUUUCAAUUUGUUGAAUUGGUGUCAUUUCUUCUACUUUUUGGUUUACUUACCAACCGCUAUUGCCACCUUUGGCUGCUUCGGCCAGGGAAGUUAUGUUUUUAAUUUGUUGGCCCAUUUCAUCAAGGGUGGUGUCUUCUUCAGCUUAGGACUCUUGUACUUGGCUAGAUACUGUGGCGCAUUCACAAACAAGGGCUGGGCUUGGAACCAUAAGUUUAUCAAGAACUACGAAUUGAAACUCAGUCGCUGGAAUAGAAUCCAGAGUAAAGGUUUAUGUACGAUGGAAAUGAUUGAAUCUUCUUUAAUCUUGUUUUACGGAUGCACUAACGUUUUUAUGGAACACUUAGCCAAUCCUGGUGGUGAAUGGACUGCUAAAGAUUUGCAGCAUGCAUCGAUUGCAUUCAUUUAUAUUGGAUGUGGUUUGUGUGGGGUCUUGACUGAAUUCAAGUUGGCUAACUGGAGGUUCGAAAAAUCAAUCCAUAACUUCGAAAGCUUCAAUGACCAAUCUUUCUCAUCAAAAAUUGUGAAGGCUGCUCCAGGAUUUUCUCCAAACCCAUUCCCAAUUUUGACUAUCUACUGGACUGGUGUUUUGAUGUCACAGCACGCCCAAGCUUCUAUGUUAUCUACGGACAUUCACAAACAAUGGGGGAAUUUGUUUGUGUUAGGUACUGUUUUCAGAUUCAUUACUUAUUUAUUACUAUUGAUCUUACCAGCUAAUAAGGAGUUAACUAAACCACUCAGACCUAUCAGUGAGUUGUUAGUAUGCUUUUCAUUAUUAUGCGGUGGUUUGAUCUUCAUGGAAUCUUGUGAUCCAAUAGUUUACGCGUUUGAAUAUAGAGGAUUUACCUCUAUGUUCACACUUAACAUUUCCUUAGGUUUCAUCACCUUAUUAAUGAGUUGGGAAAUGAGUGUUUUCGCAUUUAAAGAUUGGCUACUUAAAAGAGCCUAA